AGUCACGCAUCAUCUUCCGUUAUGUUCUGCCCGCCGUGCUUAUUACUAAUACUAGUGAUAAAUGUACGGGUCAACGUCUAGAGAUCAAUGGUCUACAACUGCCGCCAGUAGUAGUAGUAGCGUAGAUGAAGAUAAAACACGCUCAAGGAUGGACGGCAAUAAAGAGGAGAACGUCAUGGAAUCAAAACCUUCAGUGAAUGAGAAGAACGGGCUUGAAAAUGGAGCACACGACUCGCAUACCGUUAAACAGGAAUCCUUGACAGCACCUCUUGUUUUUGCAACAUGUUCCGCUGUACUUGGUUCAUCUCUACAGUUUGGUUACAAUACUGGCGUCAUCAACAACCCCAAACCAAUCAUUCAAAGCUUCUUCAAUGAAACGGAAUACAGACGGACCGGUUCUUUUAUGCCGGAUGAUAGAAAUGAGUUUCUUUUUGCGACAACUGUGGCCAUUUUUGCAGUUGGUGGGAUGAUCGGAUCCUUAACUGCUGGUUCUAUGGCAGAUAGAUUUGGAAGGAAAGGCAGUUUAUUGAUGAAUAAUGUCUUAGCUGUACUAGCCGCUCUACUGAUGGGUUUCAGUCAGUUAGCUUCGUCUUAUGAGAUGCUCAUUAUUGGAAGAAUCAUCGUGGGAAUCAAUUGUGGCAUCAACACUGGUAUUGUGCCAAUGUACCUAUCUGAAUCGUCUCCGUUCAAUCUACGUGGUGCAAUCAGCGUGAUGAACCAACUGGGUGUGACUGUUGGUAUUUUACUAUCACAGGUUCUUGGUCUUCCUGUUCUCUUAGGCACUGAUGACCUUUGGCCUUUGUGUUUGGGUGCUGCAAUAAUACCAGCUAUAAUUCAGCUGGUAACCAUGCCGUUCUGUCCAGAGAGCCCAAGAUAUUUGUUAAUCAACAAGAACAAGCAAAAGGAAGCUGAAAAAGCUCUUGUUUGGUUGCGACGUCAUUCCGAUAUCCAAGAUGAGAUUGCUGAGAUGAGGAGAGAGCAUGCAGAAGAACAGAAAGAGGAACGUGUCAGCGUCUGGCAACUUUUCAAACGCAGCUCAUUACGGCGCCCUCUGUUGAUCAGUAUUGUCAUGCAGUUGUCACAGCAACUGUCAGGAAUAAAUGCGGUUCUGUAUUAUUCCUCGCUGAUUUUUGUUGCCGCCGGCAUUACCCAGGAAAACGCUAUGUACGCAACUCUAAGCACUGGAGGUGUUAUGGUCCUGAUGACUAUCGUUAGUGUGCCGUUGAUGGAUCGCAGUGGGCGUCGUGCUCUUCAUCUCUUUGGGCUUGGAUUCAUGGCUGUCUGGGCAUCUUUACUGACCAUAUUCCUUGUCGUUGGGGAGAACUGGGACCCAGCUUCUUACAUAAGUAUCGUCUGUGUUAUGUUCUUUACCGUGGGCUUUGCAAUUGGACCAGGUUCCAUUCCAUGGCUGAUAGUAGCAGAGCUGUUUUCUCAAGGUCCCAGACCAGCUGCCAUCAGUAUUGCAUUCUGCGUCAACUGGACAGCAAACUUUGCUGUUGGUCUUCUGUUUCCAAUACUUCAGAACUCACUGACUGACUACGUCUUCAUCAUUUUUAUUGUCCUCCUGGUCAUCUUCUUCAUCUUCACAUUCUUCUUUGUUCCGGAGACAAAGAACAAGAGUUUUGAAGAGAUAAGCGCCCUCUUCAAAUCCAAGAACAGUCUGGAGAAUGGCAAAGAAGGAGGAAGUUCUGAUUCUGACAGUAGUCCUGUGAAUAGUAAGAUGGAUCAGGGUGUUCAGUACAGCGCUCUCAAAUCAGACAUGACUUAACCGGAAGAGGACUGCAUGGCCGGCCAGCGGUGACAUACUACCUUGUAUGUGUGCUUGUAUUGAUGUGAACAAGGUGAACAUUGGGUCGUGUAAACAGGGCCGUAUUUCAUAGAGUUGCUUUAGCAUAUUAGCAUAAACAAUGCUCUGCUUAGCAAUAAUGAGCAGGAUACCAUUCUCAAAUUGUACAUGUAACAUGGUAUUUUGGCUGGUAACCUUUAUU